AAGUGGAAAAUUAAAUUAAAUAAAUUUGAGUUUGAGCUCUUUCGCAAUGCGUCGUGUGUCGCUUGCGUGCAACAACGUUGAAAGUGACGCGCCCUGAGUGUGUGCAACGGAAGUGGGAAAGUACGCGCGUACGCAACUGAACAUACAUGCUACAUACACACAUAUAUGCAUAAAUAUAUACCAGUUUCAUAAAAAAAAAAAAAAUAAAUUAAAAAAAGCUUAAGUCAAAAUAAAAACUGCUUAUGUUUGCUGUCAACCUUUUGUGCCGUCAAGUGUAGCGAAAAUCAUUUUCUUCGAAAAUUUAUUGCAGUCCAUGAGYCGAUAGUCAGUCGGUGGAUAUAGUCCGCACACUUGCACAAUAUUGAGCGACAUUGGAAUUUCGUAAAGCCAGAAAUCAAAUAAAAAAUAUAAAAUACAAAAAAACGCGAGAAAAAAAAUCAAAUAAAACGCAAAUGUCUGGGAACUUCGCCGUCGCGCUAAGAGAAUUUAUUUGAUUGCUUAUUUUUAUAAGCUAUAAAGUUGUGCGGAUUAAAAAUAGUCGCUGUAAAAUGGCUAAGAUGCAAAGGGGAAGAGGAGCCAACGCAUUCGCAUAUUGACUGCAAUUGCUGCUAGUCACCCGCAUACAAUAUAACAACAACAACAAGCGCAAUUGACAUUUACAAAUGUGUAAGUGUACGUUUAGUGAGCUUGAAAGCACACAUGUGAAGCAGACAACGAACAUAGUUGACAACAAACAGACACACAUUUGAAUGCACGCUCUGAUACAGCAACAAAMACGAGUCGGGAAACGCGCGAUGUUCAAAACUUUGAUUUACGCAAUUUUCGUUCGCAAGAAAAGUACUUCCGCUGCCGACGCCAACAACAACAUACAAAUCAACACCAACACCAACGCCAACAACAACAAUACUAUCAUCGGCAACGCUAAUAUUAGCUUUGGCAUUCUUAUAGGCGUUGCCAAUGCAAUUUUAAACGCCAACAUUCGUUACGCGCCUGCACCGACAAUUGCCACUUAAGUGCAGAAUACGAGAAGUUACARUACACACACAUAAAUACGUUCGUCGAAGUUCAGCACCCCAAGGAAGUUGCAUACGAUUUGAUUUCGUUGCGACGCUUUUGUAUAAAAAAAUCAACUUGAUGUAUCAGCUGUGCCGAUUGUAUCAACGCACACAUAAAGAUUUAACAAAAGUUCAUACAAAAUGGCGAUUAAUAACACCACCCGAUCGACGACGACUAGAGAAGCGCUACGAUAAAUGUUACGAAGUGAGUGUCAUCGUCAAAGAGUGAUUUCAAAAAAAUCUCGACGAAAAAGAAAUUUUAAAUUUAUAUACAAAUAUUAGCGCAGUUAUAUGCGAAAGUAGCGCGUAAAGGAAAGAAAAUAUUACCAGUGCUGGUGGAGUUCCAAAUAUUAGUAUAGUGUUGCAAUAUACUCCUACUACGUUAAUAUUUAGUAGUGUUACUAAAAGAAAGUGUUAGUGAAAGAAUUAUCYCAAAUAUAAUUGGUUAAAAAAUUAUUGAAUUAGAAAAGUGUAGCGCUAAGUUUUUGCUCGUUUUCGCURUCAUCCAGCCAUUAGUGUUAGUGCAAAAUAUAGCAAAGUACGAAAUCAGCACUUAAAAUUCUUUAAUAUUUCACCUACAACAAAAACCAAAAAAUGUGGCAUCCACUUGCYCGAGAUCUGGCUACACUCUUACAAGAAGCAGCGCAAUACACACGCAACUUGGUUGUGUCUAAGAUGUGUUCCCGCAAUAUUAAGAUUUCGGUGGUGCUGUUUCUUGUCUUGAUUCCACUUAUCACAGCUUUGCCACACAACAACCACAAUCUGUCAAAGCGAAGCAAUUUCUUUGACUUAGAGUGCAAAGGCAUCUUCAACAAAACAAUGUUCUUCCGCUUGGAUCGCAUUUGCGAAGACUGCUAUCAACUUUUCCGCGAGACAAGUAUACACCGACUAUGCAAGCAAAAUUGUUUUACACACGAAACAUUUGGCGAAUGUCUGAAAGUACUAAUGAUACCCGAAGAAGAAGUUAGCCAACUUCAAUACUUCGUUAAGGUUAUAAACGGCUCGCCAAUGCCAUUCGCUUUUACAAACAUGCAAUAAAGAGAUGCGACUAAGAAUGAAUUAGUGUUUACAGCAACAUACAGAUAUUAUAAUACUUUGAAAUGACACAUAUACAUACCUAUUUGAUAGUAUUUAGCUGGAAGUAAUCGUAAACUUUAAUCAUACAAAUUCAUUUUACCUUAAGUGCUAUUGAAGCUCACACAUUCAAAUUGUUGUAAGCAAACUUAUUAAUUUUUUGUGGUAAGCUAACGGAGACACUAAACAAUUCCAGUUUACUUUUGGUUUGGUAAAUCGUAUAAAUAAAUUAGAUUGUUAAAAAUAUU